AUGACGGCCAACUUUUCAGUUGACGAUGCCCUCGUUGGAAAAGUGACGUCCUACGUUGAGAAGUACAUGUCCAACUACGACGCAUCUCACGACUUCAAUCACAUCAAGCGUGUUCUCCGCCUCUCUCACCACAUUCAAUCUCACACUCCUUCGACAUGCCGGUCUCUUGUCACUCUAGCCGCACUACUUCACGAUGUCGGCGACAAGAAGUAUCUCCGUCUCGGUGAAGAUCCCUCACGAAUGGUAGCAUCGGUACUUGUAUCCUUUGGCGCACCGCAGGAUCUUGCCGACACUGUUCAAGCCAUCUGUCUCGGCGUCAGCUACUCCUCCGAAGUCAAGGACCCGGCGCACACUCGGGCCCUGGUGGAGACGUAUCCGGAGCUGGCGGUUGUGCAAGACGCCGACCGGCUGGACGCCAUUGGUGCAGUUGGCAUCGCAAGAACGUUUGCGUUUGGAGGAGCAAAGAGCCGCACGCUGGAGAACACUAUGGAGCACUUUGACGAUAAGCUGCUGUUACUUGAGGGAAUGAUGAAGACAGAUGAGGGGAGGAGGAUGGCCAAGGAGAGGACGGAGAGGUUACGGUUGAUGAAGCAAUGGUGGCAAGAGGAGACAGCCGAGUAG